AUGACUGAGGACCCCGUAGAGGACGUUAGGCGUUACCUGGCACGUGAUGAAGUCAGUGCAAAGCAACAAUUUACGACCUCGCUGCAGGGGAAAAGCUCUGAGGAACUAGUGGCCCUUCUUAGGUCGCGAAGGGAGGCGAAUGAUGCGGAUGAAGCUGAAAGCAUGCUAAGUGGUGACAAUUGCAGCGCUGUUGUUGUGAAGUCGGAGAGUGGUAUAAAGAAUACUCCGCCCGCAGCAAGGAAACUGCAGGUGGAGGAUGUAGCAAGUAGCCUGACGGGCACAGAGAGAUUGGUUGAGAUCAGUAGAGUAGACACAAGCCGCGAUGAGCCCUUAACGCAGUUGAAAGGUAACGAGAGCCAACGGAGUCUCCAAGAGGAGUACAGUGUGGCGUGGAAGGCGGUACGCUCAGGGGUUAUGGUCACGAAGGAAGAAUUAGAGGAAGUCCAGCAAGAGAUGCUUCUGCAGGAGCGUGUGUUAAAGGCCUUGGAAAGGGACAACGCGGAGGUUCAUGCAGAGCGGCGGCUACUGCGUGCUAAAUUGGCCGAGAUGGAGCAAAAGGCAGUGAAUGUUGAGGCCAAGUACAGUAUUUUGGCAAGUAGUCAGAGUCCCAAUCCCCAUGCAGGUCAGCCUCUGCCGUCCGCUGCAACCACGUCAACGCAAAGCGGGCAGCGGGGCUGCCAAGACGAACUGCAUAUGGAGUUGGAACAGCAGAAAACCAUGGUGCGGGAGCUGCAGCUGGAGUUGGAGCUGCUUGGACGCGAGAAGAAAGAGCUUGAGACCCGUUUAGCAGCUCUUGAUGUCAAGAAAUUUGGGGAGAUGGAGCUGGAGCUUCGCAACCUGCGUGUCGAUUUAAAGCGCAAGGAGACGGAACACAAUGGCACCGUGAAAGAUAUGGCACGAAAGAUUGCGUGGUAUGUGGAGCACCAGGAGUUUAACCGUUCUCAGGAGGAGCUGCUGAAGGAACAGCAGGACACCAUCUGCCGUCUCCGUGCGAGACUGCAUGAGAUGGGGGCCAUGGACGACACGGGGAGGCACAAGCGUGUGGGGAAGGAUGCACGGGUGAAGUACCUCACCAAGCGCGUGGUUGAGCUUGAAGAGGCGCUUAACCAGAAACACCCGGACAGCAUUGCACAACUCAUUCGCAGCUGUCAACCCUCGGUUCAAGAUUCAAAGCAGUUUAAGCAGCUUAACCUUAGAAUCAAGGAACUGGAGGAGGCGAUCGUAGAAAAGGACCGCUGCGCUGAGGCGGCAGUCGCCCGCCUGCGGGUGGAGACGGAUCGUCUGCGGAUUCAGUACCAAGAAAAGAUUGAGAGGCUCGAGGAGGAGCUUAAGAUCCGCCUCAUGCAUGCACAGACGCGACGUGUUUGCGAGCUGGAAAAGCAACUGGCGGAAGCCAGACAGGCGUUGCGAGAAAGAGACCAGGAAGGAAAAUCAUUCGUGGCAGCUGUGGAGAGGCCGGUCGCUGCUGACCGAUGUCUACCCGGGAAAGACGCUGCGGCCUUGGAUGAGCCAGAGGAGUCCAAAGCAUGCAUGACAGCGACGCAAACGGGGGCGGUUAACCACGUGGGAGAAGCCAUUUCACUGCUCCAGAAGGAGAAUGAAGCUCUGAAAAGUCAACUGUCGCAAACCACUCAGGCGGUGACACAGACACCUGCUGCUGUCGCAGCGUCCCCUGACAGUGAAGGAAAAACAUUCCCAUUGCAUGUUAUUUCGAGCAUGCAGGCCCAACUUAGCACCCUCACCGCCGAGUUGGCGGUGUACAAACAGUUGUUAACGGAGAGCCAAGGGUCACUUCGCGACGCACAUGCACGGUGGGAAGAACGCCUAUUAACCGCAAGGCAGGAGUAUCAGUACCAGCUGCAGCAUGUGCGACAGGAGCACAACGAGGACAUUAAGCGAAUUCAAGAGAACCACCAACGGGAGAUGAAGGCCAUUGCUGAACAACAGCAGGCCUUGGAGGCGGCCUCGUGGGCCUGCCAAAAAGCUCCACAAAUUACUUUUGAGGACCCACGACAUGGUCAUGCCUUCCUUCAAAGCGUUGCGGAGCGAUUGAGGUACCUUGAACGUCGUCAGGUGCAGAAGGAGCGUGAAGCCGCCCACGAGAUUUCGGAGGUCAAGCGUGUGGCUGACUUUGAACUUGCAUUGGCGAAGCAGCGAACGGAAAUGGUGAUUGAGCAAAAGAACUGCCAGAUCCAGGAAUUCAGGCUGCAGCUGGACCAGCUGCUUGCAACGCUUGCACUUCUGCAGUCUCAUGCAUAG